AUGAAGUUCACUCAGAUCACCCUCAUCGCUGCGGCCCUCGCCUGGCCUGCUUUUGCCGCCGUCGCUGCCGAUCCCUCUGAAAACCUCAACGACCUCGUCAGCCGCGCCACUGUUCAGAAGUGUGGCGAUGGCCAGAUCGCCGACGACUGCAAGAGGUGGUGCGGUUGUUCUGGAAAGAAGGGAAAGACUCUUUGGUGCGACGAGGACGAAGUCUCCCUGCAGACCUGCAAGGAUAUUGGAUGCAAGUGCAAGAACUAG